CGGCGCUGUGUCACCAAAAUCGAAGAGACCCAAAAGAUUGAAUUUCAAAAAAAAAGGCCAUACAAAAUCCAAAAGCCUCGUCUCCUUCGUCAUUCUUCCCCAAAUCUCAAAGUUUACAGAAAUCUCUCAAGAGAACAUCAAGAAAUGGUGCGAACCAAGAUCGCAGUCCCUCAGAAGUGGAAGAAUGUGCAUGCAACGAAGAAAAGAGUAAGUCUCAUUCAAAAGUUUGCUCAAGCUAGGGCAAAUCUGCGGGCGAAAAUCUCACAAACUGAUGAAGGUUCAUCCUCCUUGAAACAAAAUCCAGAAAGUGAGACUGGCAUGGAGCAUGAAGAAGUUCAAAAAGCACCGAAAAAUGGAGACCUGUUAAACAAAGAGCAAGAUGAAGCACCACUCCAUCCAGAUCCUCCUACCAUCAUGUUGCUAGAAUACAAAACAACAACACCCCUCGAGGAACAACACCAACAUGCAGAGGUAGAUGAAGAAUUCCAAACCUUACUGGAUGAAGAACCACUUCUAGCAGUGUCUGAAGUACCAUUCAAGAAGACUGAAACUCAAGACCGCACCCCUCGCAGCUCCAAAAAGAAGGCAAAAGGGCAAAAUCACGUUCGUUGGUCAAAACGGAAAACCAGAUCUGAGGCAGUCAUGAAAGAAGAGUCUCCUCCAUCAACCAAGAAGACCAGAACAAGCUCUCCAAGUCCAUCCAAAAUGUCAAAGUCAAAAAGGGGUAAAGAUCUGAAUCAUCACUCAGGGAAGUCCUCAACUCAUAUUUUUGUCACUACUGCUGCUAAAUCUUAUUUGCCUGCAAUUAUGAAGAAGAACAUUCUGCCCCAGCGUAAUAUUGAUUUGGAAGAUUUUGCUUUGAAAACCACUCUCAUUCCUCUGUUAGAUGCCAGGAACUUGUUGAAAUCAGUUACCCUCCCUGGUUCAUAUGUCAAACAAGUCAUCUAUGAGUUCUAUUGCAAUUUGAGUGAAGAUUUUGUGAACCCUGCUGCUGUGUCUUUUGAAAAAGUGUUUGUCAGAGGAAAACUAUACACCUUUUCGUCUACUGCUGUCAACAAGUUUUUGGGAUUAGAUGAUGAUCAGGAUGCACUGGUAAGUGAGGUCACAAUGUGGAAGGAACUCACUCACGGAACCAGGAAAAGCCAACACCCCUCCAACAAAGUUCCCUCAUCAAUCCUGAAUAGCUCCUACUCUAUCUUGCUCAGAGUUGCUGCGUGUCACUGGCUAGCCACCUCUCAUACCAACACGGUGACAAAAACCAUGGGCAUGCUUUUGUGCAAGAUCAAAAACAAUGUUCCUAUUAACCUAGGAAAGCUGAUAGUUGCUCAAAUAGCUGAGUUUGGGAAACACAACUAUAAGCACAAUGAUAAUGCUGAUCAUGCAACACAUGGAGUGCUUGGUGUACUCAAGUAUCUGGAACAUAAACUACAGCAAAACAACAGAAGAAAGUUCUUGAAGAAGAGCGGCGAAGUCUCAUAUGGUUGCAAGAGAAUGCUGCACAGAGUGUUCAAGCAGAAGAGUCUAUUCCUACGAGCUGGAGAAGACUUCCUCCUGAGAAGGGAUUCCUGCGAAGCUGUCCAGAGUCCCAUGCAGACCGGGAAUAAGAUUUGCUGGAGAGUUCAAUAUUCCCGCCUAAAUUUAUUGGGCCGGGUCACUGAAAUUUGGGCUGACUGUAUUGGGCUGGCUGUUUAAUUAGGCAUAUCUAGGGUAGCUUGAAUUGCAGGCUGGGUCAGAAACAAAAUCUCUUAUGGAGCCACGCGCUGGAGUAAUAGAAGUCCACUCAGCAUUUAUUAUAUCUAGAGCCGUCCCUACAUGUCCAGCUAUAUAAACAGUGCAAUGGGCAGCAAUAUAUGCACUGUAGCUAUUACAAAAUUCACACUAUAAAUACACUGAAAUACUCCAUAUUAGAUUUUCAAACUCAAUUGGAGAACAAUUGAAACUUAAUAAGCGGCCUCCAAGACGUUGGGCGCAAGGCGUUUAAUAUGGCGAAAAGAAGCGCAAGAAAUCCGCAAUGAAGGAGGUUGCCAAUCGGAAGUUUGUGCGGAUCUGGGAUGAUGAUCGAUGAUGAUGAUCGAAGACCGGUGAUGAUGAUGGGGUUUUGUCGAUGAUUCUGCAGAAUUGAAGCUGCAAUGAUGCGGUGAUGAUGAAGAAGAAGAAGGAAGACUUGUGAUGAUGAUGGGGUUUUGCAGGUGAUGAUGAUGGGCAGGUGAUGAUUCUGUACGGAUUUGCGGUUAGGACUUAGUUGAAGAAUGAGCACUAGUCUAAGUGGGAAUGAGUACUAUUAAGUUUUAGAAUGUGUAUUAUGUUAUUCGUAAAUGAAUAUUCUACGAAUGU